AUGGUGACUGCUCCCACUUUCACAGAAGAAGAUCCAGCCAUGUCACCACCUGCUACCCCAGAGCUCCAUCAGGAUGAAGCACAGGUGCUAGAGGAGCUGUCUGCCAAGGGGAAGCCCAGUCUGAGUUUGCAGAGGCUCCAAAGACCAGGGUCCGGGCUCCAGAACAUAGGCAACAGCUGCUACCUGAAUGCCGUCCUGCAGUGCUUGACACACACACCACCUCUUGCCGACUACAUGCUGUCCCAGGAGCAUUCUCAGAGGUGUUGUUACCCAGAAGGCUGUAACAUGUGUGCUAUGGAAGCUCAUGUGACUCAGAGUCUCCUCCACUCCCACUCAGGAGGUGUCAUGAAACCCUCCGAGAUAUUGACCUCUACCUUCCACAAGCACAGGCAGGAAGAUGCCCAUGAGUUUCUCAUGUUCACCUUGAAUACCAUGCAUGAAUCCUGCCUUCGAGGGUGCAAACAAUCAGAAACCACCUCUAAGGACAGCUCCCUGAUCUAUGACAUAUUUGGAGGCCAGAUGAGAUCUCAGAUCAAGUGUCACCACUGCCAGGGCACCUUAGAUUCCUACGAUCCCUUCCUGAACCUCUUCCUGGAUAUCUGCUCUGCUCAGAGUGUGAAGCAAGCCUUGGAGGACUUAGUAAAGGUAGAAGAGUUGCAGGGGGACAACGCCUACUACUGUGGUAGGUGUAGAGAGAAGAUGCCAGCUUCUAAGACCACGAAGGUUCAGACUGCCUCAAAGGUUCUCCUGCUAGUGUUAAACCGCUCCUACGAUUUCGGGGGUGACAAGUUGAACAGGGUAGUAAGCUACCCAGAGUACCUUGACCUGCAGCCAUACCUGUCACAGCCAACUGCAGGACCCCUGCCUUAUGCUCUCUAUGCCGUCCUGGUCCAUGAUGGGGUGACUUGUUCCAGUGGACAUUACUUCUGUUAUGUCAAAGCCAGCCAUGGGAAGUGGUAUAAGAUGGAUGAUUCUAAGGUCACCAGGUGCGAUGUGUCCUCUGUCCUGAGUGAGCCUGCCUAUCUGCUCUUCUAUGUCCAGCAGACUGACCUUGAGAAGGUCAAUGUUGAUGUGUCUGUGGGCAGAGUACAUGGGGUUCUUCACCCUGAAUCCCAGCAGAAGAAAACGCGGAAGAAAAAGCACAAGAGAAGCUCUUGCACAGAAGCUGUACACAUGCCCCGAGAAAACAGGGAAAAUACAGCCACCAAAGAAACCUCCUUAGGGGAGGGGAAAGUGCUUCAGGAACAGAACCACCAGAAAGCUGGGCAGAACCUCAAGACUACCAAAGUCAAUUUGUCAGCCAACGGAACUGUGAUUCAUCAGCCCAGAUAUACCGCAAACUGGGGCAGGAAUGCUCCAGACAAGGACAAUCAACCAGGGCACAAUGCUGACAGACUCCUCACCACUCAGGGCUCCAUGAACACUGGGCAGCUCUGUGGUCAGGGAGGGAGACAAAGAUCUAAGAAGAAGAAGAACAAGAUCAAGCAAGGGCAGAGGCCUCUGCUUGUUUACUAGUGCUCAGUUUCUCAGUCAACCUGGGUCCUGUGGACACACUGUCAACGUGAGGGAGACCUUUGGAACAAAAAAUUUGGACCCAUGUCCCAGGCAGGAAAAUGCCUUACCCUUCAGGUGGAAUCCACUAUUCCUUUGUGCCCUUGCCUGCCUUUCCUGACUCUGUGAAGGAUAGUCUGGAUGUGGAAAAAC